GUGCUGCAGAAGUCACAUGACAAUGGCGCUGCUGGAGGCACAUGACAGUAGAGGUUUAUAAACGUUAAACGCGGAUAUAAGUGAUCGGACAGUUGCUGAAAACUAUGAUCGGACAGUGAAAUGCCAUUCCUGAAGUUUACAAAUAAACUAGCAAAAACCAUAAAAGAGCCUUGGUCUGUUUUCAAGUGGGAAGGACUGGAGAGUUCAUAAGUCUGGACGAAAUGUAAUUUAUAUGUUACACGAUGUUUGUGUAAUACGAAUGAUUUGCCGCUUUUGACUUGUUGACUCUGUACUAGCGUCAGAAUGAUACGUCUACCACUCGCCUGCCUGCUUCUUACACUGGCAGCUACUGGAUACGGAGGUGGCGAUGGGUGUGUGCCGCGGGACUUUGGUCAGGGGUCAGUGGUGUGCGAAUGCAACUCCACUUACUGCGAUUUGCCGGGGGUGAUCAAAUUGCCCCCCGUGGGGCAAUUUUGGUCCUUCACCACCAACAAAGCAGGGAAGAGGUUUGAAAAAUUGCUGGGGCAGGUACAGAACACCACCACUGGUGCAGCUCUCAGGCUCAGUAUCAUCAGUAGCCAGAAGUAUCAGAAGAUAAAAGGCUUUGGGGGUGCUAUGACGGAUGCAGCAGCCAUGAACAUCCUCUCCUUGUCUCCCGGAGCCCAGGACAGCCUGCUGAAGCAGUACUUCUCUCCCGAGGGUGCGGAGUACAGUGUAGUGCGUGUGCCCAUGGCCAGCUGCGACUUCUCCAGUCGCCUCUACACCUACGCUGACACACCUGGAGACUUCCAGCUGCUCAACUUCAGUCUGGCUCCCGAGGACCUGAAGAUGAAGAUUCCUCUGCUGCAGCGUGCCCAGGCCAUGUCCCCCAGACCCUUGUCUCUGCUGGCUAGUGCAUGGAGCUCCCCCGCCUGGCUGAAAACCAAUGGCGCGCUCAUCGGCAAGGGCACCCUAAAGGGCGAGGCGGGGGGAAAGGAGCACGAGACCUGGGCUAACUACUAUGUCAGAUUCCUGGACGAAUACAAGAAGCAUAACCUGACCUUCUGGGCAGUGACCACUGGGAACGAGCCCACAGCUGGCCUUAUAACCAACUACAGUUUCCAGGCUCUUGGCUUCACCGCGGAGAUGCAGCGGGACUGGGUAGCCCGUGAUUUGGGGCCGGCCAUCGCCCGAUCCCAGCAUACCAAAAUUAACAUCCUCCUUCUCGAUGACGAGAGGGCUCUGUUACCACACUGGGCUAAAGUGGUGCUGAGUGACAUCCAGGCCUCCCGUUACAUCCAUGGCAUCGGGGUCCACUGGUACUGGGACCCCGCCAUCCCAGCAGAGAUCUCCCUGUCCACCACACACCACCUCUUCCCAGGGUACUACCUGUUUGGCACAGAAGCCUGUGCGGGAUUUAGUCCCGGGCAUCACGGUGUCAAGCUGGGCUGCUGGGACAGGGCGGAGAGGUAUGCCCAUGACAUCAUCGAGGACCUGAACCAUUAUGUGACAGGCUGGACCGACUGGAACCUGGUUCUGGACUUGGAAGGUGGGCCCAACUGGGUGAAGAACUUUGUGGACAGCCCCAUCAUCGUGAGCAAGACCGGCGAUGUUUUCUACAAACAGCCUACCUUUUACAUCAUGGCCCACUUCAGUAAAUUCCUGUGGGCGGAGUCACAGCGAGUGGGCGUGUCCUUUAACACCCACUCUGAUUUGGAGAGCUGUGCGUUCGUCAGACUGGAUGGGUCCACGGUGCUGGAAGUUCUGAACAGGUCCAGCAAGGACGUGCCGUUUGAAGUGUGGGACCCGAGCGUCGGCUAUAUCCCGGCUGUCUCCCCGGCACGGUCUGUGCUUACCCUGGCAUGGGCCACACGGUGACGCACCUGCUGGCCAGCCCACGGACAGACAUGCCCCAAAGAGGCUUGGCAGUCCCCAAUCAAAGGAUGAAACACUCACCUGGUUGAUUGAUCUGAUUAUGAACCACGUGGACACUCAGUGAUUUGCACGACUAACUGACUCAUUACUCUCCAUUAACGAUAUGAAUUGAUACAAACUUCACUGUACCACAUUUGAUGAUGUACAGAAUGACAUUUCAAAUGUUUGCUUAUUGCAGAUUCAGAUAAAUGAAAGAUUAGAGCAGCUUGCGAGGAGAGGGUUAGGGUUAAGCUCUGGCUUCAGAUACAAACUAUUUCUCUGCUUCCUGAGAAUGUUCUCCAAGUCCAGUUUCCAAGAUCACACUCCUGAAAACACGCUAACAUACCAGCGUGUGGCGGAUGUCAUUAAUCUAAGCUGUCAUUACAAGCAUAACAUCCAUGGUAACUAGAAUUUCCCAGAGGAACCUUCCCGAGGGAUUAAUAAAGUUCUAUCUAUCUAACUAUGCUGUAGGCUUAUGGAUGUUCCUUCUAACUAAAAACAGGUAUUAAGGAUGGUGUGUGGCUCUGUGGGUGAGAGACUGCAUGCCAUGGAUCGGGAAGGUCACCAGUUCGAAUCUUGUUGCUGGCAGAUUAAUGUCACUGUUGGGCCUUAACCCCAGUUGCACCUGGUAUGUGGGAUGACCCUGCUCUGUGAUCCUCAGUUGUAUGAUACUUUGUACAAGUCUGCUAAAUAAAUAAAUCUAUAACCGCUUGUAAAA